AAUUCUUGAAAGUAAAUGAAUAGAGAGAGAGUGUGUACAAUGAGAAAUGAAUGAACAUUUACUUCACCGGGAAAGAAACAAAAAACAAAAACGAAGAAAAGGAAAAGAGUUAUAAAAGAGGAGGUCCCUCCCCCUCCGAUUUUUGCCUGCUUCAGAUUUCUUUGGUACAUCUCUCUCUCUUUCAUGCCGAGAUUUCUUCUUCUCAACACGACGACGCCGUUUUAGGCGACCUAAGCUCUGCAAAAGCUCCAAGACGAGCUUCGACACCGAAAAGUUGAAAACUUUCCGAACGCUGACUGAGAAUAUAACUGACGAAUUUCAGAGAAAUGAGUCCUCUUUAGGUUUUUUUUUUCUUCUCCUAUUUCUCUGUGUUUGGACCAAGAACAGUCGAAGAGUGAAAGCGUUUCUGGGUUCAUCAUUUUCUCGGUCGAUAAAAACCAAAGCAAAAAAAAAACUUUUUUUUUUCGGUUUGGACGAAGAAAAAUCGAGACUUUUUGAAGUUCUGAGUGGUGGGUCUUGGGGAACUGUAAAGCUUUUUGACUGUUUCUGGCAAAUGCUGAGACGAUUCUCUCUAGACGCGGAGCAAGUUGUUGGGUUGUCUGGUCUGGUGUGUGAACGGAACAUGUUUCCUCUGCAACUUGCUUUGGAUGGAAAUCUCUAGAGAUUCAGGAAUGAUGAUGGAAGAUAAACGGUCUCUCUACUCUCUCGAAGAAAGCAGUAUCAGUUCUCUGUCACCGAAACGGCACAAGUCCAGUAUCUCUUUCUCCUCCAAGGAGAGGAAGGACAAGGUCGGAGAACGAAUUUCAGCUCUUCAGCAGCUGGUUUCCCCUUAUGGAAAGACAGAUACAGCAUCAGUUCUUCUGGAGGCUAUGCAGUAUAUACAGUUUCUUCACGAACAAGUCAAGGUGCUAAGUGCUCCAUAUCUGCAGAUGAAUCCCGCAAUUAAGGAGCAGGAGGGGGAGUUUGAGCAUUACGGACUGAGAAACAGAGGCUUGUGUCUUGUCCCGAUCUCGUACACGUUAGGAGUUGCUCAAAGCAACGGGGCCGAUAUUUGGGCGCCUGUCAAGACUCCUCCUUCUCCAGCUUUCGGCGUUAGAUCUCACUCACCCUUCCAAUGAUUGAUUUCCCGCCAUGACCUCAAAUUCCGAAGAUCUUUGUCGAAGUUAUCUUUCAACGGUGCAUUUGUAACAUAUAAAUGGAGAUUCGAAGAUUGGUUUCAGAACAGCUAAUGGUUUUUCUCAAGGGCAAUGGCUGUUCUGUUUCUCUGUCUGCCUAAUUGCUUUGAUGGGUGGGUGCUUCUUGAUGCAUCUCUUCCCCACUGCUUGGACUUGUAUACUAUUCGUCUAAAUGAAGUUCUUCACUCUAAAUUUCUAAUGCUAAAUCAAACUUUUCAUGGA